UUGAUCUUCAGCUUUAGAUGAGCUGGGAGGUCUGCUAUAAAUACAGACAGAACCUCCUGACCACAUGCAGACUCCUGAGCAGAACCUACCUGUGGAUCAGCGCUGACCUCCUCACUGAAACCUCCUUGACUCUGACAGCAGCCAUGAGGCCACGUUUCUCCAUCGAGUGGAUGGCCCAGAGCAGCCAGCCUGUAGAACCUGAGACCUCUACAGCCUCUGGACCUGUGGCAUGGGGGACAUAUUCAGAGUCCACAGAACCUGGGACAUGUUUGACUAACGGACCUGCAGCCUGGGGGACACGGUCAGAGACUCUGCCUGGUUUUUACUGCACACAAAAGUCAGAAGACCUCGACACAUUCAGGUCCAACAAUCUGCCCCAAACAUCCGCCUGCGUUCAAGUGACACAGAGCGGUUUCAGCAGCGGGACCGAAGAGGAGACCUCCGGGUACGAGAGCGAGGGGGGGCAGGUUCUGUCACCCACCACCUCGUCUCCGUCGCCCCCGGCGGGCAGGAGGCCUCGGACCGCUUUCACAGCCGAGCAGAUCCAGAACCUGGAGAGGGCCUUCAAGAAAAACGCUUACCUGGGAACCCAGGACAAGAUGGAGCUCUGCAAGAAGCUCAACCUGUCUGAUAAACAGAUCAGAAACUGGUUCCAGAACCGGAGGAUGAA